AUGGAAAGAUCAUUAGGAGUGAGGAAAGGUGCAUGGACCGAAGAGGAAGACAUACUUCUAAGGAAGUGCGUCGAAAAGUAUGGUGAAGGAAGAUGGCGUCAAGUUCCCCUUAGAGGAGAUGAGGCAGAGGCAUGGUGGUGGCUACAGAGUAAGCUACAGCGCCUUAGUUCGUUGGAGUUACGGAUGGCAAUGGAUCAGGGGAUAGAUAUCGGCCCAUUACUUCAAUGGGCAUUGAUUGCUGGUAGACUUCCAGGAAGAACAGCAAUUGAUGUAAAGAAUUAUUGGAACACAAGGCUGCGAAAGAAGAUGGUUUCCAGCAAUAAAGAUGUUAAAUCAAAACCGGAACCAAAAUCAAUAACAAAAGCUACCAUAGUAAAGCCUCGACCUCGAAACUUCAAAAAUAUAAGUUGGUUGAGAGAAGGCACUCCAUUUAUCAAUGUCUGUCAUCCAUUUGGAGACGACCUUUGCAAGCCAUAUUCUACAAUGGCAUCGCCACCUUCCGAUAAUAAUGAAGUGGAAAGUCUGUGGUGGGAAAGCUUGUUAGACGACAAAGAUAUUAAUCUAACAAGCAACAGCAGCUUUUUCGGUAAUGGGUCAGAAAUUGAUCAGGAGCCAAUCAAAAGUGUUUUUGUAGAGGAAAAUGUAAAAGGAGGGGGAAAAGUUAGGGACAUCUUCUAUGAACAAGGACAAAGGAGUUGGUGCGACUUCUCCUUUGAUGCCGGCCUUUUGAAUCUGAUCGAUACAGAACUUUAG